AGAUAAUUCAGGGAAAAUAACUACAGGAAAAAUCAAGAGCGAAUGAGUGAAAGUCUAUAUUUACGAUUACGUAGUGCCAGAUCUAAAAAACGAGGAGGACUCAAAUUGUUUGCAUCUCCCACCAAAAUAAUGAAAAUGAUGAUCUUCCUUCGUUACCGCUUUCGGACGCUAAUCCUGUUGGGCGUCUACUUUCUUUCGUCUGCAAAGCAGCAUCAAGUUUUGGGGACUCCUGCAUCCUCUGUCAAGAGGAGCAUGCACGACACGCAAAGUCAGCAUGAUGAAGUCGGCCAACUACAAGACAUCAAGAAACAACGCCCGUACUGGUGGUCUCAGUUCGGGCCUAUUCCUUUGCGACGCUUGGCUUACGGGCAUAUUCGCGAGAACGAAAAGCCCUGGACUCGCCGACAGAUGCUAGACGGCCUGUCAUUCGAGGACUUGCAUCACAUGCGAGAAGCCGAAAGAAAAGAUCUUGUAAAAAGAAGAAUUUUAACGAGUACUUCUACGGCAUUGAUGACUCAAGAUCCAGAAGAUCCCGAAGAAGAUAAACGGCAAGAACCAGGAGGAGGACGUGAAGACCUGGAACGAGAAUCAAUAAUAGCAGCCGCAUCUUCAGAGCAACAGCCAGUAGAAGAGGACCCUUUUGCCCUUUACACGCAAGACCAUGAGCAUUGUAGGAACCGGUUUGCAACCUACAAUGCUGAGAAAACGAUGGCUGACGAGAAAGGCAACGAGUGGAAGCAAACGGUUAGUGAGUUCAACAUCAUAUCCUGUGGAGACCCAAGAUUGGACGAGCCUCCAGCAGACGUUGGGGUCGAAAAACCUGCUCUUUCCGCGGUGUUAGCUGAGCAUCCGUCCCUACCAUUAUCUGAGGUGGUUGCGAACACGG